UCACACCUCCUGAUCCCCGAGUCGCAGCACAUCAUCAUCGCCUAGCCAGAGCUUGCGACCGCUCAGCUCAGCUCAGCUCAUGUCAAUUCGGCUCUGAUGCCCGUCCUUCUUUUCUACAAGUUGCACUCUGUACAGUCUUGCACCUGACCUUAGCCCCUGUCUUUCGCCCUACUCGCACGGGGCGCAGCCUAUCUUCCCACAUCGCUUGGUAGGCUACGGCGAGGAUGGCGGACUCGGGCAAUAUCAAGGUCGUGGUGCGAUGUAGGCCGAUGAAUUCGAGAGAGCGCACCCGCGGCGCCUCGAACCUCAUCGAAGUGCAAGACCAGCAUCAGCUCGUCCUCAAUCCUCCCUCUGACGGUGACAGCCGCGAGAGUACCAAGGCCACCAAGAAGAAGUCGAUGCCCUUUAGCUUUGAUCGGGCGUACGACGAGAAUACGGAGCAGAGGACCCUCUUCGAAUACGUGGGGCUGGAGCUGCUGGAGCAUGCCUUCAAUGGGUUCAAUACUUGUGUCUUUGCUUACGGCCAAACAGGGUCUGGGAAAUCUCACUCCAUGGUCGGCUAUGCCGAAGCCAAAGGUCUCAUUCCUCUCACUUGCUCCAAGCUCUUCGACGAUGCAGAUCGUAUGAUGGCCGAAGACCCUGAGCUACGGAUACGAGUCGAAGUGUCCUACAUCGAGAUCUACAACGAGAAAGUGCGAGACUUGCUCAAUCCGGCCAACAAGGGGAAUCUGAAAGUGCGAGAGCAUCCCAGUAUGGGCCCUUACGUGGAGGAUCUCAGCAAGCUGGUAGUCUCGACGUUCAAGGACGUAGAGAAUCUCAUGGACGAGGGCAACAAGGCUCGGACCGUGGCUGCCACGAACAUGAAUGAGACGUCAUCUCGAUCUCACGCCGUCUUUACUCUCGUUCUGACCCAACGCCGCAAAGAUACUCAGACCAAUCUCGAAGCUGAAAAGGUCUCUCGCAUAUCUCUCGUAGAUCUAGCUGGGUCAGAACGAGCCAACUCGACGGGGGCAACCGGCUCACGCCUGAAAGAAGGAGCGAAUAUCAAUAGAUCCCUCACGUCUCUGGGCAAGGUCAUCGCGGCACUUGCUACAGCAAGUAUGACAGAUUCGCCUCGCGCCCCAAGAAAGAAGGCUGCUGCCGCCGAGCAUGUCCCGUACCGAGAUUCUGUCCUCACAUGGCUUCUCAAAGACUCGCUAGGUGGUAACUCAAAGACGGCUAUGAUCGCAGCCAUCUCGCCAGCAGACUACGAUGAGACGCUGAGCACUCUUCGCUACGCUGAUCAGGCCAAGAAGAUCAAGAAUAAAGCAGUGGUGAACGAAGAUCCGAAUGCCAAAUUGAUUCGAGAGCUCAAGGAAGAGCUAGAGAUGCUCAAGCAGCGAGCUGCAGGCGGCACCAGCAACGUUGCCGAUGAUUGGGACCCUACGAUACCACCUGAGAAGCAGAUUGUGCGCUAUCGGACCAAGACGGGAGAGAUCAAGACAGUCACGAAAGCCGAAUUGCAGGAGCAGAUGGAACAGUCAGAGAAGCUCAUGUCGUCUCUCAACGAGUCCUGGGAAGAGAAGCUACAGAAGACUCAUGCUAUACAGGUCGAACGGGAGAAGGUGCUCGAGGAGCUCGGUAUCACCAUUGACAAGGGCAAUGUAGGAGUCCGGACGCCCAAGAAUCUGCCACAUCUCGUCAACCUGAAUGAGGAUGCUCUCAUGAACGAAUGCUUGUUGUACCAGCUCAAACCAGGAAAGACGGUGGUAGGCAACGUUGAUUCGCCGUCUUCCUCUGCUCACAUCAGGCUGUCUGGUAGCAAGAUCUUGCCAGAGCAUUGCACUUUCGAGAACACGGAUGGCGUAGUCACCCUUCAUGCUGGUGUCGACAGUAUGACCAUGGUCAAUGGCAAACGGAUCUCAGCGGACCAGCCCAAACGAUUGCGGUCCGGAUACAGAGUCAUUCUGGGCGACUUUCAUGUCUUCCGCAUCAACAAUCCCACAGAAGUUCGCAAGGCUCGCGACCGAGUUGCAUCGGCAAUGGCACAGUCGAACGGGUCUCCUGGCAGCUCAGCAGAUGUAUCAACUCGGCCUGAGUCGCCUGCAUCUGAGGAUGGCCAUGAUGUCGAUUGGACCUAUGCUCGGCGAGAAGCCAUUAUGAAUCACCUCAAUGGCCAAGACGUUGGGCUCGACCAUCUUUCGAACGAGGACCUGGAUCGCCUUUUCGAAGAUAUCAAUCGUGUACGAACUCGGAAGGGCACACCUGGCCUGAGUAGACCCCAUUCGCGGCUCAGCUCUUCUAUGUCCGCUAGUGGUGAGGAUUCCGAGUCACUGUCCUCAGCUCGGCCCUACUCCCUAAGCGCAUACACCGAGCAAACAGACCUUGACCCUUGGAGCGUUCCGUCGGAAGACAUGUCCGUUGAUCGUUCGACAGACGCCAGUGUUGUUACUAGUGUCGCGGAUGAGUCCAACGUCACCGCUGAUCAGAGCAUUGUUGAGACUGAACUGCUCAAAGCGAAGAUCAAGCGGUACGAAGAGCGAUUCUCCAAGCUGGAUCCCACUGGCAAAUUUCGCGAUGAUGAGGACGAGCCUCUUACUGAUCGGCAGAGAGCACUUGUUCUCAGCACUCUCAAGACUUGGCGAGCUACUACUGCUGUAUCGAUGGCUGAGGAUGUGCUUUCGAACGCAGCGCUGUUGAGAGAGGCCAACGUCAUCGCCAAGGAGCUGGGAAAGAAGACGACCUAUCAAUUCACCAUCGUCGACGGACCUCCUCUCUCCAAUCCCACCUCUAGUAUAGAGUCGAUUGCCGGACUCACUGACUACGAUGACGUCGUUGACGCUGAGUUGGCGGCCGGACCCAAGCCAUGCAUUGCCAUCAAAGUCAUUGACUACGAGCACACAUCAAUAUACCUAUGGUCGUUACCAAAACUUCAACAACGGCUCAGUAAGAUGCGCAAUCUUUAUACCUUCAUAGACAAACCCGAAUACUCUCAGCAUUUCAAUUGGGCCGACCCUUUCUACGAGUCACCGGCGCCGAUCUAUACCUUCUUCGGGUCAUGUCUUGCACCGCUGCUUCCUCUCACAAAACGACAGUCAGGCAAGUAUCGCCUGCCCAUAUUGAGCUCACACAGCGACUCGAUCGUAGGCAAGUGCAGCGCUGAGGUCAAAUUUGUCUCGCUCACCGCACCGCCCUUGCGUGUCAGCAACGGCCACGGUGCCCACGCAACCUCGCGCUUUAGCAACACUGAUCUCGCGAUGGGCCACAAGCUUUCCCUUCAGCUGACAGUAGAUUCGAUAGAGGGGCUCUCUGCGGAAUUUGUCUCCGCCGCUCACAUACAAUUGCGCUUGAGCAGCAUCGCAGGACCCCAAUUAGAAAAGGACGAUAGUUUUGCCUCUUCCGUUGUAGAGAUCGCCGACGCCAAAGACAUAGAUGCUCUCAAGCUACGUAAGACGGUCGCCAUCAUCCUCACGGAAGACGUCGUCUCACAUCUCAAGACCGGGUGUGCUUCUGUUGAGAUCCAUACCAAGGUGAGGAAACGCCACCUCACGCGGAUCGUCGAAUGUGAUGCGAAGCGCGCAGUGGCGAAUGGGACGACCACUGCGUCCGCCGAGCCUGACUCGCCACUGGGCUCGACGAUGUCACCCUCCCGUCCUGAUCUGAAGCAUGCGCCGCCGUCACAAGGGCGCCUAGCUGAGACGGAGCUAGUGAGCGAGCAAAGGCAUGACAUCUUGGCGACCGUUAAGCUUUGCGAGCUGGAUGCUUCUGGUGACUACCAGCCGGUACAAGUGCGCUCCAUCUCAGGUCUCGAUCCCGGUGUCUUCCUCUUGCGGCAGGGACUCCAGCGCAAGCUUGUCAUACAUUUGACCCAUGACUCUGGUACUCAACUGAGCUGGACUCGCGUCAGCAAGAUUCAAAUCGGCUACCUUCGCCUCCUUGACGGCAAGGGCAGAACUACCGAGGCAGCAGCAGCCAGCGCAGUGAGGCUGAACGUGCCCGCAAAGCAACAAAGCCGCCAUUCUUUGGCCAAUGGCACGAGUCAUCUCGAUGCUUGGACUUGGUGGGACACCUCCGCGCACGAUUGCGUCUUCCUGAAUCGAGUCACGGCAAGUGAUCAGCGCGUCCUCCUCCGACUGACAAUCGAAGUCGACGUGGACAGCUGCGCAUCUCCAGUAAAGCUCUCGAUGGACUUGGCGAUUGCAAUCAAGGCACGAGACGCUAAGUCGCAAGGCAAGAUCAUGUCGUUGAUCGAGACGGCCACCUCGGGCGUCCGCACACUCCAGACUACUUCGGGCGUCUUCGCAGUCAAGCUGACGCCGCCUCAGAUCAUGAGGUCAAAGGAGCUCUGGAGGCUGAACACUGCUGGCAAGUACGUUCGUGGACAAGAAAGUCUGGGAGACUGGCGACCUCUAGGCGUUCACUUCAUCGACGAGCACGAGAGGUUCAUGCGUCGGCAGAGGCAUCUCGUGCAGAACGAGGGCUGGCGCACCGUACUGGAAGGCCUCGAUGGCAAGUCGAGCCUACUGAAGUCGACGCAGCAGUCGACAUCCGUGGCAAUGGAACGAGCUCUUGAUCUUUGGCAGUCUGCUGUGCGCUCGAGCAAGGCUGCAUUGGUGUCCCUGCCGUCAACGGAGUCCCUCGCAGACCUGUCCAUCGAGCCUGGAUCGAGUGAGAAAGCAGACACAAGCAUCACCUCUAUCCUCUCCCCUCGUCCAACCGCUCCCGUGAAGCUCGUUCCAACUGUCACCCUCCUGCCUCGAAGCGAUGCGGCUGCCAAGAAGGGCCACUUGAUGAUGCCUGUCGACGCACUAAGCGACUCCUGGACGAAGCGCUUCUUUGUCCUCAAGCGCCCCCACCUUUUCCUCUACGCCGACUCGCGCGAGACCGAGGAGCUCCUUGCCAUUCACCUGGGCACCUCUGCGAUCCGUGUAGAGUACGAUGAGAACCUGGAGAAGCUCCUGCAACGACGAGGCGUCUUUGGACUUUACACGGCUGCCAAUUCGUAUUUUUUGCAGGCACCGAAUGAUGCAGAGAGGGAUAGCUGGAUUGCUGCUUUGCAUGGGGUGCGGAGAACAUGAGUAGGGAUAGUGGUGGACGUCAAGCAGGAUGGAAAGGAGGGGCGGGGGAGGACCAGCGGGGUAUCAGCAGUAGUAGAAGUGUCACCUAUCAUCUUUCCCCGACUCCCUUUUCAUGAUCAAUCUUCAUACCCCU